UACGCCCUUAAUUAAAAAUAUAAACGAUCAAAAAAAUAAAAAUAUUAAUUUUGUUUGAUUGUAUUUUCUUUUAGCAAUUUUUAAAGCGAUAAAAUGAAUUUAUAAUAAGAAAACUUCUUUUUAAAGAAAUUCCCUUAAGUAGGUGAAGGAUCUAGCGAGUGGAUUUAACUAGAAUAUGAUCUCUAACUUGGAUUAGGAUCUAUUUCUGCUGUUAUUAAAGAUAUUAAAGCUAUCAACAAUCAAUCUUUAUAGUUUUAAUUUUAGAAGCAUAACUAAAAUAGACUUAUCCUUGAAUCAUGGAUAGAUUACGAAGAAUUGGAAUAAUCGCAAAAAAUUGAUGAAAUGUGCUACAAGGGUUUUGAAUUUAAAGAUCCCUAAAAAGGUCAUGUUUUCCCAACAGGAUAUAUUGAGUUGAGAGAUAAUAGCGAAUCUAAAAAAUAGCAUACUGUGAUUAUGUUUAAAAUUGCAGUUGGUAGAUCCUAAUGUAUACCUUAUCGCAAAGAGGAAAUAUAAAGUAGAGAUUACUUAAAAGACAAAAACAGCAAUUUUGAUAGUUUAUAUCUUUAUGAUGAAGCCAAUGAUUAAUAAGGAAGUGUUUUCUUGCAUAGAUAUGUCCUUUUUGAUAAAGAAUAAGUUCUGCCAAUGUAUCAGAUAAAAUUUGAAUUCGAUGAUAGCAAGGAAAAGGACUUGCAGCCACUAACUUGCGACAACUAAUGCUCAAACAAAGCUAAAUUCUACUGUAAAAAUGACGAUGCUUACUUUUGUCAUGACUGCAAUUUUGAUAUUCACAAUAAUAAUUAGCAAACAUUUAAUUAAAAGCAUCAUACAAUUGAGAUAUCAAAAAAAGAAAAAAGUUUUGGUAAUUGUAAGGUUAGUGAUCAUCAAGGUACUAAAUUAGAACUGUAUUGUAUGAUUUGUCAUGAGGCUUUAUGUGUUUAUUGUAAAAUUCAAGGCUCUCAUAGUCAAGGUGAACCUGCUGCACACUAGCUUUUAAGAAUAUCAGAUGCUUAUAAAAAGGCACUACACGAAUCAAAAGUUUUAGAUCCUUAAUUAGAAAAGCGCAAAAACGAACUCACUGACCAUUUAACUAAUAUAGAUCAAAAAAUAAAGGAUGUAAGCUCUAAAUCAAAAAAUAUAGAAGAUAGAAUAUACAAACUUUUAGAAGAUGGCCUAAAGUUAUUGCAAUAAAAGACAAAAGAAAAAAUGUGUAUUUUAAUAGGUGACUAGCUUGAAUUAAAAAGAUAAUAUGAUCAAAUUUAAUGGAUUGAAUCAUUUUUAAAAUAUUAAUAAAAUGUUCUUAACCCAGCUGAGUACCUAAAAGCAUGGUCAAGACAUAGUUAGCUGAGAAAUAAAAUUAUAAGUGCUGAUAAAUACUAAAUAGAAGAGAUAAGCUCUGAUAUUCAUAUGGAUGCUUAACCUAUUAAAAUUACAAGUGAAAAUAAUGUACAAAGUAGCUAGAAUAAAUAAAAUCAGCAAGAUCCAAAUGAAAAUUAAAGUAAUGUAUUAAGGGGUAACCCAAGUUCAUAAUUUAGAAGUUAGAUCUUAGGUAAUAAUAAGAAUUCUAGUGCAAAAGACAAGAAUGUUUCAAUGUCAAAUUUCGUAGUUAAUAACAAUACAUCUAGAAAUUAGAUUAAAGGUCAAUCAACUUUACAAACUAUUGGUAUUAUGAAUAAUGGUGCUACAUCAUCGGAAGGAGCUUGA